UUUCGUCGGCCGAGCUGAAAACGUUGUUCUUCUAACUUCACACUUACGCUCUUUAGCAAAAAUCAAAAAACCAAUCAGCAUUUAAAAGAAAUCAAUUCAAGUUAUAGCUAAAAGACAACAACUCAACUGCAAACACACAUUGUAAAACGCGCUACCAGCAACCACGCAAAAAAAGAAGUAACUGCUUUCGCACUUCUAUUGUUUUGAUCUGACGAGAUAGAAAAAAAAAACAGAAGAAGCUGUAAACAAAUCCUCCGUCACUGCUUUUGUUUGGAAGUCAUCAAUCAUUGUUCGGAAUUGGACUAUUCGUUUCCCCCUUGCUACGCCCUAAGGAGAGAGAGAGAGAGUGAGCUGCGGUCAGUCAACUGGUAGCCGGUCGGUCGGGUCGUGCGUGAAAAGUAAACCUCUCUUCGCCUGCUGUGGUCAAUCGUCAGAAGACGAAGGAGAAAAUAAAAAUUCAGGGCGUACACAGAGCAGCCUUGAAUAGUGUGCACAAUUUCGCGGGAAAUAAAGUGUGUGUGUGUGUGUGCAACUGUGACAACUGUCAAGCCACAAAAGUUGGAAUUAUAAUUAGUAACAGUUUUGUGCAAAGUAGGCGGCGGUGUGUUUAACCCCGACUAACCAAGUACCAAGUCCGUGUUGGCGUGUGUGUGUUUUUCGGUACAGCUACCAGAAGACAGUUUAGUGUUAAACAUCAACAGUUGAGAAAAAAAAGGUUGUUGAGAUUUUUCCAACCGUACGAGGAGGGGAGCAUUCCAGUGCAAUAUCUGUGCAGUGUACGGACGACGGAAAAUCCGAAAAAGACGAAGGCUGGGGCUGAGCUGGUGAAGAUUUAAAUCCGUACCGGGAGUGAAAAUGAAACUUAAUUGAGUAUGAGCAGGGAGAGUUUCACGCGAGACGACCGGGGAAUCGCUGCAGAAGUGUUCAUUAGUGGAAUUGGUGCUUAAAAAUUGAUUUUCAUCGAUUCUCGCAAUUCGCUGCUCCCAAUUUCGCGCUCUUGUAUGUGCGUGUGUGUGCGCGAUGUCGAUAAUUUCAACCCAGUGCAAAAUUGAUGUGGCUCCAAAUGAUAGCUAAUGAGCUUGGUGCUGACGAAAUCAGAAUCCGUUGAUUUUGGCUGAUUUGGAUCUGUGGGUGUUGCCCGGUGGCGACAACGACGACGACGACUGAAACGAAGAUUGCGACGACGGGUGCCUUUCCGGGAAGGGCGCGGUAGUGCAGCACAAGCGUGUUUCUCAAGUGCGGGCAAAAUUUCCAAAACCAGAUAGUUGAAUGAGUAACAGUGCAAUGGUUGCGGUGGCCAUCUGCUGUAUAUUGGUGCUGCUGGCAGUAUUUAUCGUACUGAUAAUAGUGGUCGGGCAAACAAUGGGCGAACCGAAGUGAGAUAAGCUCCAACUGGGGCCAGGUCACUUCGCCGAUGGAUAGCCACGGCCCCCCGGCUGUUAGAAUUUGGAUAGAUUUUGUUCCACUAGUGUUAACCAUUACUGGCUGCGGAUGUGCGCAUCCGCGACCGUCAGUCCACGAUCUACGACAUCCUAAUCCUGGCUAGAUUACAACACCUGAAGCCAACUACAAAACAAGCCCCAGCCGAGGACGGUAAGGUAGUAGAGAUAAUCCACACUGGUCCUGGUGUAAGCUGUGGAGUGCUACGAAGCAGUGUAAUUUUACACGAUUGCUUUCCUCUUAUCAAUUUAACGGAACGCAUGCACACGAACUCGGUAAAUUGUAAAUAAACGCCGACGAAAGCGAAAAGACACGAUUCCUUGUAACUUCUAUUCCCCAAUACCCUUUCUCACCUAGCUACGUUUUAUCGCAAUCAUGCAUAGGCUAGUACCUUUUAGGCAAGCUUUGAUGCAACAGAAACUUGCACUGCACUUUUUCCAACCUAGAAAUCCCACUCUCUACCGGUCUAGUUACUCUACUGUUAUCAACCAUCAGAUAAACGCUUCAUCCUAACAAAAACACACACAAACAACAACAAAAGAAACACUGGAAUAAAAUCUUUCUCAUCAAUUCUACACAGCCAAAGAAGGGGCUUUUAGAACACAUCUUUCAACAUGAAAACAUUAGAGCAUAAAACGCAAACAAAUGAAACUUAGGGUUAGUGAACUUUUGGAAAUCAAUGAAUGGAAACAAAAAUUUAUAGGCAAACACAUAUCUUUGAGUAAAGAAAAAAAAUUACCAUCAACAGAACAAAAUCGAACAAUAUAGCAUACAAUUUAGUAAAAGAAAUAAAAAAAAACCGAGACAACCAAUCCAGGCGAAUAACAAAAAAAUCGAAUUAUGGGGCUUCUUAUUUCCGCACACAGGGGCUCGCGGGAAACUUUCAUCAUGGAAAGAGUACGGCAAUUUUGCCACCCGAUAAUAUUUAUAUCUAUCGCGUAGAUUUGUUCCGUUCUUCCCCCCGGUGCGUGCGCGCUGAUCGCGCGCCGCCGAUCAAAUGUGCGAUGUUGAGAGUAGAAAACAAAAAAAAAACAACAAAUGUUAAUGUGAAACAAGGUAGCAAACCGCGGUUUAUAUAUUUAAAAUAAAAAAAAAACAACAACCCAAACCUUAUUAGGCUAGUUGGUGUCGAUAUAUGAUGUAGCGAAGUUCCAAAGUGUUAUUAGAUCAGUGUGUUAUUUUUUUACCGAGACCGAGAAGCGUGGCACUGGGCAAGAUAGAAGCAAAGAAAAUGUGCCAAAACAUUAACAAGCAAACAAUUUAGUAAUAAAACACGGCAGUGGGAUGAUAGGAAAACAAGAUAAUAGGCUUGAAUGUGCGUCCUUUAGUGUGCAGGUAAUUGCAGAACACGAUUACUAUAUGCCGGUUCGAAGCUGGCCGCCGGAGAACGGUGGGGUUGAAUGAGAAGUGAUGGCAUCCGUUGUAGACUCAUAUAUAUUGGCAAAAUGUUCGUGGACUGCUUAAGUUGAUGGUAACUGCAUCGAACGUUGACAUUUCAAAUGAUAACUCCGAAUUUUCAACUGAACGCAAAGAAGGAUCAGUCUUUCAGCACUGCUCUUGAGUAUUGUUGGUGUACCACUAAGCAGCAAAUUCGGACCAUUCCUCCUCUUGAUCCUAUGAAAUUUGGUUCCCUUAGCCUUGGGAGACUUAAAUGACGUUUCCCCGAAAGCAAACGUAGAAGCGACGAACCUGACAAACGUUUACUUUGCGGCUUUGGGACGCACUUUCGAGCUGACUAGGGGCCCCAAAAAACACAGAAACGGUUGAAAAGCUAUAACCCUUCAUAUUUUUAUAGUUUGAGCUCUAGGCCAAUGUAUUCUAAGGAAAGUUUUUUCUCCUUUCUUUUCCAUUUCCCCUUCAUCCUGAAAAUUGUCUCGGCAAUUUUUAUCAGAAUAUGUUUUUUUUCGAAUUAAUGAGAAUACUCCACACCAAAUUUGAGAACAGCAAAUGCGUGUUAAGAAGCAGCAAAUUUGCGAAACCGCACCAGCUCUAUUGAGAGCGAGUUUACUCUCUUUUGCGUGGAAAAAUGCGACUCAAUAUUUUUGUACUGAGCAAUUCCAAAAAAGUGUACCAAUUUUAUUAUUUUUUCAUUGUCAUUUUUCAUCUGGUUGAAACUUUGCAAAAGGUGUCAUUUUGCACUGUUAGUAUUUCUAUUUUUAGUCACGAUUAAUUUUUGAAAAUGGUUUUUGUAAUAAAAUAUUGAUGAUUAGAAAUAUUUUAGAGCCAGAAAGAUUUUUUUGAUCAAUGUAACGUCUUCGGUAAAGCUGUAGAUGAUAAUUUUGUCUUUCCCAAAAAAUAUACACCGUGGGUAAAGAGAUUAAUACUUCAUAGAGAAUAAAUAAAAAAAAAUAGGAAGCUUGAAUGCUUGAAGUUUUCGUGGAAUUAACGAUAAUAUUCAAACACAUUUCUAUCCAAACUAUCAGUUUUGAGUCGUCCGAGCCUUAAAAUGACGAUAUGGUUAUUUGCAUACGUCGUCCGAGCUUACACUACACAAUGACUACCAGACUUAAUCAAACGAAAAUCAUAAUACAAAAAGACGGCGCAAAGCAAGGCAAACAAACAAUGUCUCAGAGCCGCUCCACGAUCCACCGUAGAAAAGGCACACGAGAUAUUUGCUGUGUGGUGCUGUUUUUCAUUCGUUGCGUGCCGACUCGAAGACGAGCAUCAAGCACCGAAUACGAGUUAGGCUCCACCCUCAGUACUGUGCGUUUUUUACCAAGUUUGUUGUCGUCUGUACCAAUCCAACUAAAAAAUAUGGGUUUAAAUUUUUGCCGACAUGAAAAUAUAUACGAAGUUAAAACAAAAUCGAACAGUCGGUAUAUCGUAGAAUAUCUGUUAGAUAUUUUCACCCAGGAAAAUAUUCAGCUUACAGCGACGAAGUUGACUAGUUUUUGCACGAGAGCAUUCUAGCAUAAUCUAAAGCUACUAUGAUUAAAAUACAAAAUAUAACUUGUUUGGAUUAGGAUAUAGAGAAAUACUUUUUUCGGAAAAACGUUAGAAAAUGUCAAAAUAUCAAACUUUGCUGAGCAAAUAAUAUUCCUAUCUUCAUUGAGUACAGAGUUUUAUAUGGAAGGCACUAAAAAUUUAGUUUUUUGUGUUUAAUUUUUGUUAAUUGCAUUCUACAAAAAAAAACGCUGUUCUAAGGAUUUUAGAGCAUACAAAACACACGUUUUUUCCAAAGAAGGUGUGUACUUCAAGAGUUUUCCUUACAAAGUUAGAACAGGUUUUAGUAUUUUUUCUGAAUGAAUCUAAGAAUGUAUAGGGUAAAACGGGGCAAGUGAAAACACGGUUUUAAUACUUUUUCUUAACAUUUCUUAACAGUUGUUGUUAAAUUUCUUUUUCAUUUUCGUUUAUUCAAAUAAAAUUAUAAAAUCACAUGUUUUUGUCAAGUAUCGAAAGCUUCUAGAGCAUUCUAUCCUUGAAAACGAAAACAAAACAAAAAUACUACAAGGUAUACAGCCCUAGGGGUUGUAUGAAAUGGUGACGUGGGACUAAAUGUAUAUUAUAUGCUGCGAUAAACUGUUCAUAGGCAACACUACUGUUUAUAUUUCAUGGUCGUUAUUGUAAAACAAACUAUGCAUGAAUACAUGAAAAUUUUACCCUAGUAGUAGUUGCGAAAAUUCUCAUAUCUCUUAUCUUCAAGCAUCUAUAGUUCUGAAAAAAAUCGAUUUCAUAAUAUUCAGUAUGAAAUUCGUGCUACAGAACGCUGAUGAUCGCAUCAUCGGUAGCAUUGAAAAUUUUGCUUGACCGCGCAUAAUAAAGAUUUCCCCCCCGCUGUGCCCUCCAGUAGCUGUGCCAGCUUAAUAUUCUGCAGUGUACGAUGGUAACUGUUGCUGCCGUGUGCAAAAUAAAGGUAACAUGUUCCGCAGUGCCUGGAAGAUGACUCGUAUGCAACUCUCGUUUCUCAAUGUCGCGUACCUCUAACAGCUAUACUCCACUCGCUAUUGUGUGACAAACUAGACUGAAGCUGAAUUUUCUACACGCAGUCUUUUGUAUCGAGUUCAGCGUAGAUUUUUGUCAUUAGGGCGUGGCAACACAGUUUCGAGAAAGACAAACGGAACAAAACACUUUGUUGAGUCAAAAUAUGUAGGCAGUGAAAUUUAUUUCGUCCAUGUUAUUUUUAUUCGUGCUCGGGAAGCAAACCAAUAGCGAGGAAAAUGUAUGAGAAAGCUUGACCUUGGAAAAUUUUUCCUUUUUUCACCAUUAAUCAGUAAAGCAACAAUGUUUAACAUCAAAUCAAACAAUUGUUACACAUUUUAUCUAUCCACCGACAUAUAAAUGACUAAGAUGCAUCAAGUCGUUCGCUUGCUAUGAUCGUUUGAAAUCUGACGCAACAUUUGCCAGUUUCAUUUUCAAUUUCACAAAAUGUAUAAAAAACAAAGACGUAGUCCUACGUCAAAAGUCAUGGAAAUCUUCGAAGAACCGUGAUUCAAAGAAAAACUUCUGUAACUUAUGCUCUCCGUACUCUUAUAUAGGAUAUCGAUUGAGACGAGUGAAACCUAUAAAAGUUUGAGCUCCUUUUUUGCUCUAUGCGUUCUUAAAGUUAUCGAGAAAAGAGCUUCAAUAUGCUAUAACUUUGUAAGAAAAAGCACUGGAGAUGUGUGGUCUUUGACAAAAACGUGUGUUUUUUAUGCCGAAACAACUCCUCAGAACAACGUUUUUAUUCAAAACGUAACUAAAAGAAGUUUAGUACAAAAAACUAAAUUUUAAUAAAUUUUCAUAUAAAUUGCUCUAUAACUCUGUACUCAAUAAAGGUAAGACUUUUCUUAAUUCAGUAAAGUUUCAUAUUUUGGCAUUUUGCAAAACUUUGCCGAAUGAACCAAUCCUCUAUCUAUUAACACAAGUUAGUUUUUUUAUUUUGACGUAGGAUUACGUCUUUGUUUUUUAUACUGUGCUACAUUCAGUAAAAGUGAAAAUGCAACUUGGCAACUAUUGGUUAGAUUUCGAACGGUAAUAACAAUAUAACCAGAUGAUGGAUUGCAAUAAUCAAUAUGUUGUUGGAAAGAUAAAAUGAUGGGACAAAUUUGUGACAUAUCAUGAAAAAUGGUCAAAAAAAAAUUUUCCAGCAUGUCAUUUCCGAUUUCACUGAAACUUUUCACAGUUGUUUCUUUUUGAUAAAGAGAUCAUUUUAUGAUACCAGUUCUUCGUGUGGACUCGCGACUGCUGCUUCAAAAAGGCCUAUUCAAAAUGGUGACUGAGAGAUAAAAAUUUCCAUAUUAGAAAAACGACUUGUUUGAUUGAAAUCGUGUCUUCCGCAAAGUUGUAGGUAAAAGAAUGCGACUCUAGAAAAAAUAUAUACACUGUAAAUUUUUUUUAUUGUCAAAUUUUCCAAAUUGCCACAGAAUAUUAGAUAUCUCAAAAAGUACCAUUUUUGAAAUCUAAUGAUUUUACACAUUGAAGAUGGCAAUAUGUACUACUAUCUGUCAAAAUUUGGAGAUGGUAAAAUGAAAAACAAAAAAAUUACUAACGUUUCAGUAUUUUGACAUUUUCACUCUGAACUUUUUUUCGAGUAUUUUUUUUCUAGCUACACAUUACAGUGUCAAAAAUUGAUCAGCGAAAUCGGAAAUUGUUGAUCAGGAUCGAUUUGCGCAGUAGCAUAGAAUGACUCAGCAGCAAAAAUUGAUGAAAUAUUUCUUUUUAUUUCUUUUUGCUAAAGAAUUGCAGUUUUCGACAAAGUUGUAGUACAAAAUUUUUCAAGAAAUUUUGUAGAAGACACAAAUUUUGGAAAUAUACAAGCUUCUGUAAUUUUUUUUUCUUAUUCUUUGUGCACUUUACCGGUAAUGGAAAAUAUCCGCGUAAAACACACGAAGUUUUAUGUAAAAUACUUGAAAAACUACUAUACUCGGCAAGAAAAUGAUGGAUUUAUUCAAUGUCAAAGGAAAACUGAAAAAAAAAUGGAAGAUAAAAAAUCUGACAAGUGCCAUACUGUUUCCAAAGCUAUAUAUAGCAAAGCAAAGCCGUGGUGCUACAUUCCGAUUCGGAACUUGAACUUCUGUUUAUUAUACACAGACUUCGCAGCCAACUGUUUGAUGUACAGGACAAUUGCGGGGCUAGCGCUACGAUCCUACUACCACUAACAGUCUCUCCCGAGCCGAGACUCGAACCUACGACGACUGGCUUGUUAGGCCAGCAUCGUACCUCGAGACCAACUGGAAGGUAAGCUAUAUAGGGCUAUAUUCCAAAACUAUAUAGGGGGCGAAAUUUUAUAAUUAAUCCACUAAACAGUGAGAAACAAAUAUUACUUUUUCCAUUUUUACACAUAAAAAAUCAUUUUGUUCUGCAAAAUUGUAGCACAUUCUACAAGAAACAAAUUUGUCGAAGACACCAUACUUUUAUCUGUCUAUUUUAAUGGACCUUUGUGGAAUUUUUUAAACAUUGCCACUAGAAUUUUUUUUUAAUAUAACAUUUAGCAGUAAUUUCCUACGAUUUUUCAAUGUUCUACAAAGUUGUUUGCUCUAAUGAAACAAACAAUUUCAUCAUGGAAAGUUUAUUUAUAUCUGUCAUAUUUCUUUGGUUAUUGGCGAUUUUGAUUAAAACAAUGCACUAAUUUACUAAGCAAAUAUCUGCAGACUAAACCAUUUCUACAUUGAAGUAUGAGUGAAUCAUCAUUCUAUCCAAUUAUAGGCAUUUGUCUCUCGCUGUCUUCUGUGUGUUCUGUAAGUUAAUUAUUGCAUUAUUUUAUUAAAAAUCUUCAAACACGAAAUAAAUAUAAAAGAUAAAAAAACUUUAGUCGGUGAACUUGUGUGUUUUGUUAUAGUUAACAAUACUGUAGAACAUUGAAAAAUUUAAGAAAAUCACAAUAGAAAGUUACGACUACUAGGAUAAAAGAACACAGCACAGAAGAAAUAUUCACUGUGUGGUUCUUCAUUCGUUGCGUGCCGAUCCUGAGACGAGCGUCAAGCACCGAAACCGAAAAUUCAAGCGCUCUCAGAGUUUAUCCAAUCGGUCCCAAUUUCCUGCGAAGUUUCUUGGUAUAACUAGAAUUACAAUUUUAUUACUCGAACAAGUUUGCGAUUUAACCGCAAAGGUGGCGCUGCGAUACCAACUUUUUUCUCUUAUACGCUAGAGCUUUGCAGUCUUCGACAAAGUUUUUUAUCUCUUCAGAUUGCGAAAAUAUACGAGUUUUUGUAAAAUUUUAUUUUCUAAUCACUUCACACUGUUUCCCAAGCUGCAAAAGCGUGAUCGAAAUUAUUUUUACUCAGGCAAAUGAUUUUGAAGGGCAUAUAGAAAACUUCAUAAUAGUUCAUUUGAAUUGUCAGAUAGAACUAUGGUGUCUUCGUCAAAGUUGUUUCUUAUAAAAUAAGCUACAACUUUACUCAGCAAAGUGAAUUUUUAUAUGCAAAAAUGGAAAAAAUUAAAUUCGUUCCUCACUUUUAGGUGGAUUAAUCACAGAAUUCUGGGUUUUAUAAAAUGAAUAAAUAAAAAAAUAACUUUACUGGAGACACUACGGCUACAAAAUCAAUUUUUUUUUUUUUGAGUAAAAAAUAAUUGGUGUACAUUAGUGCCUUAUUUAAUUGUCAACAACCAAAAAAAUAGAUGAGAUAAAAAUAAACUUCCUCCAAAGAAAUUGUUUGUUUUGUUAUAGCAACCGACAUUGCUGAACAUUUAAAAUUUGUAUAAAAUCACUUUGAAAAGUUAAAUUAGAAACCAUUGAUUUUUAGGGGUGAUCUAUAGAAAACUCCACAAAAGCUCAUUUCAAUAGGUAGAUAGACGUAUGAUGUCUUUAACGAAGUUGUUUCUUUCAAAAUGUGCUAUAAUUUUGUCAAACAUAGCGGAUUUUUAUAUCCCAAAAUGAGAGAAGUAUAACUUGUUUCUCACUGUUCAGUGGAUUAAUCGCAAAAUUGCAACUCCUAUAACAUGCAGAAUAAUUAAUGGAACAACUUUACUGAAGACACUGCGGCUCUAAAAUUCAUUUUUUGAGGUCAAAAUAGUUUCGAUCUCAUUUUUGUAGCUUUGGAAACAGUGCACAAUGGUCCAGACACCAAAUUUAGGGGGAAAUUUGGGUCUAGAGCUCUAUAGCAAUAUUUUAGAGAAAAACUUUCUUCUACAAAGU